AUGAGGAAUGAGACACAGCGACAGAGAGAGGAGACAGAAUCUCACAUGGAAGACCAAAGGAAAGAGAAAGAACAUCUGGAACAAAUGACGACGGACAUGAAAAAACAGUUGCUAGAGAUGGAUAAUGACAAGGAAAUGAUAGAAAGCUCAAUGGGUGAACUGAGAUUGAAAGAGGCAGAAAUGGUGAGAGAAAAGGAGAACAUGGAAAACAAGAUGGCUAGACUCAAAGACGAAGAGGAUAGAAUGCGGGAAGAAAUAGGAAGGAAGGUGGACAACUUGAAGCAGGAAAGUCAUGAAAUCAAAAGACUUAGAGAUGAAAUUGACAGUGAAAAGGACCAGCUGAAUACAAAAUUGCUUGAGUUGGAAAAAAUGCGUGAAGAACUAGAUAGAGAGAAGAAGGAAGUGAAAGACAGGAAGGAUGAAGUACUGAAAGAGAAAGAUCAGUUGGAAGAGAGGCAAGAUAAGAUCAGUAAGGAGAAAGAGGAAUUGGAUAUCAGUCUUGAACUGAUGAAAAGACAAAGGGAAGACUUGACGAGCUUGAAGGCUGAAGCAGAAGCAAAGACCGAGCCUAUGGAAAAAGACUGGAAGGAAAAGCUCACGAGGGAAAGACAACAACUUGAAGAUGUAAAGGAGGAGAUACAGAAGGAAAAAGAAGCCUUUGAGAGAAAGACGGGAUUGACCAUGAAAGAAAGAGAUGAGUUUGAGCUGAUGAAGUCUGAAACCCAGGGACAAUUGGUGGAAAUAGAACAAAGCAAACAAGACAUUCGUGUGGAGAAGGAAAAGCUGGAUCAGAUCAAAGCUGAGUUAGAAAGACGAUCUGAAAACAUAAAUCAGGUCAUGGAUGAGACAAGACGGGAGAGGGGGAAGGUUGAAGAACUGGCUAUCCAAACUCAAAAACAAAGAGAAGAAAUGGUGGGUUUCAUGGAAAAGAACAACCAAAAGCAGAACGAACUGGAACUCAUGAAUAACAAGAUUGAAAGAGAGAAACAAGACAUCGAAGAAAGUCGGGAUGUGCUAACAAAGGAGAGAGAGGAGCUGGAACAAAUGAGGAAUGAGACACAGCGACAGAGAGAGGAGACAGAAUCUCACAUGGAAGACCAAAGGAAAGAGAAAGAACAUCUGGAACAAAUGACGACGGACAUGAAAAAACAGUUGCUAGAGAUGGAUAAUGACAAGGAAAUGAUAGAAAGCUCAAUGGGUGAACUGAGAUUGAAAGAGGCAGAAAUGGUGAGAGAAAAGGAGAACAUGGAAAACAAGAUGGCUAGACUCAAAGACGAAGAGGAUAGAAUGCGGGAAGAAAUAGGAAGGAAGGUGGACAACUUGAAGCAGGAAAGUCAUGAAAUCAAAAGACUUAGAGAUGAAAUUGACAGUGAAAAGGACCAGCUGAAUGCAAAAUUGCUUGAGUUGGAAAAAAUGCGUGAAGAACUAGAUAGAGAGAAGAAGGAAGUGAAAGACAGGAAGGAUGAAGUACUGAAAGAGAAAGAUCAGUUGGAAGAGAGGCGAGAUAAGAUCAGUAAGGAGAAAGAGGAAUUGGAUAUCAGUCUUGAACUGAUGAAAAGACAAAGGGAAGACUUGACGAGCUUGAAGGCUGAAGCAGAAGCACAGACCGAGCCUAUGGAAAAAGACUGGAAGGAAAAGCUCACGAGGGAAAGACAACAACUUGAAGAUGUAAAGGAGGAGAUACAGAAGGAAAAAGAAGCCUUUGAGAGAAAGACGGGAUUGACCAUGAAAGAAAGAGAUGAGUUUGAGCUGAUGAAGUCUGAAACCCAGGGACAAUUGGAGGAAAUAGAACAAAACAAACAAGACAUUCGUGUGGAGAAGGAAAAGCUGGAUCAGAUCAAAGCUGAGUUAGAAAGGCGAUCUGAAAACAUAAAUCAGGUCAUGGAUGAGACAAGACGGGAGAGGGGGAAGGUUGAAGAACUGGCUAUCCAAACUCAAAAACAAAGAGAAGAAAUGGUGGGUUUCAUGGAAAAGAACAACCAAAAGCAGAACGAACUGGAACUCAUGAAUGACAAGAUUGAAAGAGAGAAACAAGACAUCGAAGAAAGUCGGGAUGUGCUAACAAAGGAGAGAGAGGAGCUGGAACAAAUGAGGAAUGAGACACAGCGACAGAGAGAGGAGACAGAAUCUCACAUGGAAGACCAAAGGAAAGAGAAAGAACAUCUGGAACAAAUGACGACGGACAUGAAAAAACAGUUGCUAGAGAUGGAUAAUGACAAGGAAAUGAUAGAAAGCUCAAUGGGUGAACUGAGAUUGAAAGAGGCAGAAAUGGUGAGAGAAAAGGAGAACAUGGAAAACAAGAUGGCUAGACUCAAAGACGAAGAGGAUAGAAUGCGGGAAGAAAUAGGAAGGAAGGUGGACAACUUGAAGCAGGAAAGUCAUGAAAUCAAAAGACUUAGAGAUGUAAUUGACAGUGAAAAGGACCAGCUGAAUACAAAAUUGCUUGAGUUGGAAAAAAUGCGUGAAGAACUAGAUAGAGAGAAGAAGGAAGUGAAAGACAGGAAGGAUGAAGUACUGAAAGAGAAAGAUCAGUUGGAAGAGAGGCGAGAUAAGAUCAGUAAGGAGAAAGAGGAAUUGGAUAUCAGUCUUGAACUGAUGAAAAGACAAAGGGAAGACUUGACGAGCUUGAAGGCUGAAGCAGAAGCAAAGACCGAGCCUAUGGAAAAAGACUGGAAGGAAAAGCUCACGAGGGAAAGACAACAACUUGAAGAUGUAAAGGAGGAGAUACAGAAGGAAAAAGAAGCCUUUGAGAGAAAGAAGGGAUUGACCAUGAAAGAAAGAGAUGAGUUUGAGCUGAUGAAGUCUGAAACCCAGGGACAAUUGGAGGAAAUAGAACAAAACAAACAAGACAUUCGUGUGGAGAAGGAAAAGCUGGAUCAGAUCAAAGCUGAGUUAGAAAGGCGAUCUGAAAACAUAAAUCAGGUCAUGGAUGAGACAAGACGGGAGAGGGGGAAGGUUGAAGAACUGGCUAUCCAAACUCAAAAACAAAGAGAAGAAAUGGUGGGUUUCAUGGAAAAGAACAACCAAAAGCAGAACGAACUGGAACUCAUGAAUGACAAGAUUGAAAGAGAGAAACAAGACAUCGAAGAAAGUCGGGAUGUGCUAACAAAGGAGAGAGAGGAGCUGGAACAAAUGAGGAAUGAGACACAGCGACAGAGAGAGGAGACAGAAUCUCACAUGGAAGACCAAAGGAAAGAGAAAGAACAUCUGGAACAAAUGACGACGGACAUGAAAAAACAGUUGCUAGAGAUGGAUAAUGACAAGGAAAUGAUAGAAAGCUCAAUGGGUGAACUGAGAUUGAAAGAGGCAGAAAUGGUGAGAGAAAAGGAGAACAUGGAAAACAAGAUGGCUAGACUCAAAGACGAAGAGGAUAGAAUGCGGGAAGAAAUAGGAAGGAAGGUGGACAACUUGAAGCAGGAAAGUCAUGAAAUCAAAAGACUUAGAGAUGAAAUUGACAGUGAAAAGGACCAGCUGAAUACAAAAUUGCUUGAGUUGGAAAAAAUGCGUGAAGAACUAGAUAGAGAGAAGAAGGAAGUGAAAGGCAGGAAGGAUGAAGUACUGAAAGAGAAAGAUCAGUUGGAAGAGAGGCAAGAUAAGAUCAGUAAGGAGAAAGAGGAAUUGGAUAUCAGUCUUGAACUGAUGAAAAGACAAAGGGAAGACUUGACGAGCUUGAAGGCUGAAGCAGAAGCACAGACCGAUCCUAUGGAAAAAGACUGGAAGGAAAAGCUCACGAGGGAAAGACAACAACUUGAAGAUGUAAAGGAGGAGAUACAGAAGGAAAAAGAAGCCUUUGAGAGAAAGAAGGGAUUGACCAUGAAAGAAAGAGAUGAGUUUGAGCUGAUGAAGUCUGAAACCCAGGGUCAAAUGGUGGAAAUAGAACAAAGCAAACAAGACAUUCGUGUGGAGAAGGAAAAGCUGGAUCAGAUCAAAGCUGAGUUAGAAAGACGAUCUGAAAACAUAAAUCAGGUCAUGGAUGAGACAAGACGGGAGAGGGGGAAGGUUGAAGAACUGGCUAUCCAAACUCAAAAACAAAGAGAAGAAAUGGUGGGUUUCAUGGAAAAGAACAAACAAAAGCAGAACGAACUGGAACUCAUGAAUGACAAGAUUGAAAGAGAGAAACAAGACAUCGAAGAAAGUCGGGAUGUGCUAACAAAGGAGAGAGAGGAGCUGGAACAAAUGAGGAAUGAGACACAGCGACAGAGAGAGGAGACAGAAUCUCACAUGGAAGACCAAAGGAAAGAGAAAGAACAUCUGGAACAAAUGACGACGGACAUGAAAAAACAGUUGCUAGAGAUGGAUAAUGACAAGGAAAUGAUAGAAAGCUCAAUGGGUGAACUGAGAUUGAAAGAGGCAGAAAUGGUGAGAGAAAAGGAGAACAUGGAAAACAAGAUGGCUAGACUCAAAGACGAAGAGGAUAGAAUGCGGGAAGAAAUAGGAAGGAAGGUGGACAACUUGAAGCAGGAAAGUCAUGAAAUCAAAAGACUUAGAGAUGUAAUUGACAGUGAAAAGGACCAGCUGAAUGCAAAAUUGCUUGAGUUGGAAAAAAUGCGUGAAGAACUAGAUAGAGAGAAGAAGGAAGUGAAAGACAGGAAGGAUGAAGUACUGAAAGAGAAAGAUCAGUUGGAAGAGAGGCAAGAUAAGAUCAGUAAGGAGAAAGAGGAAUUGGAUAUCAGUCUUGAACUGAUGAAAAGACAAAGGGAAGACUUGACGAGCUUGAAGGCUGAAGCAGAAGCACAGACCGAUCCUAUGGAAAAGACUGGAAGGAAAAGCUCACGAGGGAAAGACAACAACUUGAAGAUGUAAAGGAGGAGAUACAGAAGGAAAAAGAAGCCUUUGAGAGAAAGAAGGGAUUGACCAUGAAAGAAAGAGAUGAGUUUGAGCUGAUGAAGUCUGAAACCCAGGGUGAAAUGGUGGAAAUAGAACAAAGCAAACAAGACAUUCGUGUGGAGAAGGAAAAGCUGGAUCAGAUCAAAGCUGAGUUAGAAAGACGAUCUGAAAACAUAAAUCAGGUCAUGGAUGAGACAAGACGGGAGAGGGGGAAGGUUGAAGAACUGGCUAUCCAAACUCAAAAACAAAGAGAAGAAAUGGUGGGUUUCAUGGAAAAGAACAACCAAAAGCAGAACGAACUGGAACUCAUGAAUAACAAGAUUGAAAGAGAGAAACAAGACAUCGAAGAAAGUCGGGAUGUGCUAACAAAGGAGAGAGAGGAGCUGGAACAAAUGAGGAAUGAGACACAGCGACAGAGAGAGGAGACAGAAUCUCACAUGGAAGACCAAAGGAAAGAGAAAGAACAUCUGGAACAAAUGACGACGGACAUGAAAAAACAGUUGCUAGAGAUGGAUAAUGACAAGGAAAUGAUA